GUUUUAUUCAGACGUGACCUCGUAUGAAAGACUGUCGAGUAAAACUCUAAUGUUAUUGAUUAAAUUAUGAUUUUAUUUGAGCUCUUUCUUUGUACAAGUAUGGAUAUUACAUUUAUUGUUAUAUCGAUGCUUCUGAUGAUCGCUGAUGGCUUCACUGUGCACGGUCCCUCUGGUCCUCUGGUUGUUCCUCUGGGAUCUUCAGUGGUUUUGCCCUGUUAUGUUGAUGAAGUUUUCUUACCAAUGAAGGAUCUGGAGGUGGAAUGGAGAAGAACAGACUCAGAGACUCCAGUUCAUUUGUUUCUGGAGGGAGAGAGUCGACCAGAGGCCCAGCAGCAGGAGUAUCAUGAUAGAGCUCAUUUCUUUACUGAUCAGAUUCAACAUGGAAACUUCGCCCUUCGUCUGGACAAUCUGACAGCUGAAGAUCAGGGAAAAUACAGAUGUAAAGUUUACAGUCAGCAGGAAUCUGGAGAGACUGAGGUUCAAAUAUAUGUUGAGCGUUUGCUAGUAUCAGGAUCUAAUCGGUCCAUAUCUGCAUAUGAUGGUGAAGAUGUCACUCUGAACUGCUCUGUCGACUCUCACAUCAAACCUGAACACUUUGAAGAAGUUUCAUGGAUAAGAACAGAUGAAGAUAUUCUGGUUCUGCUCUAUGAAAACAACAAGACUUUAACAGAUUCAUCAGAUGAACAAUACAGAGACAGAGUUGAGUUCUUCACUGAUGAAAUCCCCAAAGGAAACUUCUCUAUCAGACUGAAGAGUGUCAGAACUGAAGAUAAAGGAGUUUACAUGUGUCAAGUGUUUGCUGGAGGACUUUCAGCCAAUGCAACUGUAGUACUGGAGAAACUGGGUUUCUCUCUUUUGCACAUAACUGUGUUGGUUUUCUGUUUUGUUUCUGGAUCUGGAGCUGUACUUCUGCUCUGCAGUCUGAUCUACUGCAGAUCAAAAAACACAGUCUCCAGAAGCACAAUCUGGAACCUUCAGCUUUCUCUGGUCUUUUUUCCAAACAUCUGUAUGUCCAUCGCCUUCUUCUUCUGGGGUCUCACUGAAGGAUUUCUGCAUGAGACCGUCACUUGCUGUGCUCUUUAUUUUCUGAGGUCUGUUAUGUUGAUUUGGGCUUUGCCUUAUUUAAAGUAUCUUCAAGACAACAUUAAAACAUGGAUCAGGUUUUUCAAAAUAACAAGAGAAUUUGCUGUUUUUACAGUCAUUGUUUAUUCAGUUCUUUUUACAUAUGGCUGGAGAAAGAGUGCACAUGAUACAAACAAUGAUCGUCGUUUUGGUUCUGGACUUUUCUUUGGAUUUGUUGUACUGUCGUGUCUCAUCCUGAGUGCAGAUACAUUUCUUCUGUGUAUUUUGGCCAUGUCUUUUUUUCAACUCUUCCAGUUGAUAAUGUCCAUUGCAGUUCCUUCUCCAGCAUUUUUCAUUGUGAUCAUUGUUCAGGCACUACUGCUUUCCUUUAUACUAUUUUUACAUUUUCUGCAAUCAGAAUUCAAAUUUCUCCGCCGAAGAUGGAUAACAUUACUGUGGAUAAUAACAAUAACACAUCUGGAUAUCAUCCUUGUGAUUUAUAUUCAUCUAACCAUAUUGGAAAGAGAGAACGAGUAUGUGGAAUGGAUCUGUAUCAUUGUAUUCAAUGAAGUUCUGAGGAUGAUAUCGUUCUUUGACAACCGUGUGACAGAUGAGUUAGAAAAUUCAGGAGUCCAGAGACAACAACAGACUGAGACGAGCCAACAAGGAUCAAAUGCAUUUCAUCUCUGUCAUGAAAUCAUGUACAUGUUUGGAGCAGUUGGUCUUGUUUUGUUGAACUCUGUUACACUGACAGCAGAACUGAUCCUGAAAGCACGAAAUGGUGAACGUGUUUUGAAGGAUCUGAGAGUCAUUGUCUUCCCCUCUGAAUGUGUUUUUGCCUUGUAUUGGCUGGUUUUACAAAUGCAUGCUUAUUGGAAGAUUGAUACAACUGAAUCUACACACAAUCGAAGGAACUCAGAUCAAGGAGACAAUCUAAGCUUUGACAUCUACAUAUAGAGUUCAGAUGUGUAGUUGCCAAAUAGCAAUGUGUUGUUUUAAUCACAGAACACAUCAGAGACUCUAAUGUGAAUGGAAAAUCUGUCUGAGCGUGCUGUUUCUACAUUUCUUCUGGAGUAGAAGAGCAACAAAUUGAGACUAAAGACUAAAUUUGUUUACAUUCUGUUGCAAAUUACUUUAUUUUGCAAAUUUACUUAUUACCUUAUUUUUUAUAUUGGUUAUUGAAUAAAGGAAUUCAUGCUUUUUUGUGGCAGUAUUAAGUUUCUUAUAAUCAACAGUGCAAACAUUUUUUCAUAAACAGUCAGAUUUCGGUACAGUUCUUAUGUAAAUGUGGAGCAUUAUAUAAAAAAAAGUGAAUAUUCAUCUUUGAGUAUUUAGUAGUUAAAUUUGAGGCAGCUGAACAUGUUUUGCAAAUGUUAUGUCUAUUGUAUCAGUGUUAAGUCAUCAUCUAUUAUGAACAGGCUGUUUUUACUUUUUACUUUUGAUGACUCAGAGAGUCCUUUCUUCCCAACUGAAAAUGUUUCUGCUUAUGUUUGUGUUUGUGUUUUUAUUUUGAUAAUGUCUCAGGGUAUGCUUCACUAAUAAUGGUGAAGUUGCAGAAUUGGCUGUGCCAUAUUUACAUCUAUGCAAAUAUAUUUAUGUAAUGUUUAAAACAAACCCGUUUGUAAAGUGUCUGAACUGUUAGUUCAUGUGUGUGAAUGCAUUUCAGUAAUAAUAAAUGUUGUGAGAAUGAUUGCUAUAAAUGUCUUCAAGCUCAUCAGAUGCAAAAA